AGCGUCAACCCGGAAGCGACAUCAGCCCACCGCCAGUGCCUCUUUCAGCGACGUGGAAAUGACAUGAAAACAAGCAAAGGUGAAAACUGAGAUGGUAUUGACACCGCGUUUUGAGGCGUAAAUCAGUUAAGUCAAACCAUUUAGCCGUGAAAAGACUAUUAUGCGGCGCCUCAGCUACGUGUGUGUUUUGGUGUUAAGUUUGUACUCCUGCGGAUGUUUCUCACUUGUGUCUGGCUACAAACACGAGCCAGAGACUCCAGACUGGAGGAUGACUCUGAAAACUAUUCGUAAUGGAAUACACAAGAUUGACACGUACUUGAACGCAGCACUGGACCUGUUUGGUGGCGAUGACGGGCUGUGUCAUUAUAGAUGUAGUGAUGGGUACAAGCCGAUGCCUCGUCCUGGGUACAAGCAACCACCACCCAACGGAUGUGGCUCCCCACUCUUUGGGUUUCAGUUUGAUAUAGGUAUCCCGUCCAUGACCAAAUGCUGUAACCAGCAUGACCGCUGCUAUGACACCUGUGGCAAUGAGAAGCACGACUGUGAUGAACAGUUUCAGGACUGUCUCGAGACCAUCUGCAAGAAUGUGCAAAGGACUCUGGGACUGUCCCAGAGUGUCCAAGCGUGUGAGUCAGCGGUCACUCUGCUUUUUGACGCCGUUAUGCACUUGGGAUGUAAGCCGUACCUGGACAGUCAGCGAGAGUCCUGUGUCUGUCAAUAUGAAGUGAAGAGGGAACUGUGACACCAGAGGGUCCACAAGGCUCCACAAGACUGCCUGUCGACUGUUGGAAACACAACACUAACUGAAGAGUGCUGCAAUAAACUUUGUUUUCGACUUGUAGAUUUUCUCAGGGACCGAGCACCUUUAGCUGGCACUGAUCUGUUCAUUGGAUUUUUUAGAUAUGUGUGUAUAUACAAAGUAACUCUGAAAUGGCCUCAGUCUUUAGAUAUGAUGGCUAAUGCCUCACGCAGCUAAUUAUUUAUAUGUAAGUAAUAAGGUUUAAUAUGAUUGUACUGACUGCCAGUUGCUCUGCGGGUACGCUUUCUUGGGAACUCUGCACUUUGAGGAAAUGCGGGUAACUAUGAGCUGACGCACAAGUCUGAGUGGGAAGUGACGCCCCUGUGUGAAAAAAACAAAAACAAAAAAACUUUAUUGUUCCAAAAAAAUAAAUAAAUAAAGACAAUCAUGCUUGUAUUAA